AUGGCAAGAGGGACAGAAGGUACCCCCCCGGUGCCUGAUGCACAGAAAUACUUCGCCGAUCCACUGACCGGUGAAGACGUGGCGUUCUUUGAGAAGAACAAGAAGGCCAUCGUGUACCGUAUCUUAGAGCGGAACGCGACGCCGGGCGAGCUCUACGACAAGAUCGUGCUCGAGGUGGAACGUGCUCGAGUUCACGGCAUGGAGGACAUCAUUUCCCAGGACUACUACAAUGAAUGUCAGGAAAGCUCUCUCGAAGCUAAUCAAGGAUGUCGGAUACGAAGGGCUCGAGGACCACAUCACCGAAGUGAGGAAGCAGGCGAGUCUAAUGAGGUCAAGUUCGCCAUCGCCGCGGUGCAAGAGCUCGUUGCUGGUCCUACCAAGAAUAGCAGGAACACCACACUGGCAGGCGUGCUCAAGCCAUAG